AUGCACUCAAGCUUCCUCGUCGUAUUAAAGGCCAAUGAUUUUCAAAAGAAUGACACCCACGUUUACCAACGCGAAAGAUUGAAUGAAACAACAUACACGUAUGGAUCAGAUAUGCUUCACAAGGUUAAUCUUUAUACCGGCUGAUAUGAAAAGUUGAUCACGUGGUCGUAGGGCUUGAUAGAAAAUUCCACUCUCCAGGUGUGUCUCUUGUGAGUUCUGUACUGGUAUAUCAUUUCGAGGAAACAGCAAAUUACAGGGAAUGGCCUCUUGAUAGUUGAUAUACUCAAGUUUCCUCGCCGUAUUAUGCUCCUUCCAAAGACCUUUCAUUUUUUAUUUCAAAAGUUUAACACUCAAAUCAAACCUUUGUGUGUCAUCUGUACUUUUUUUUUUUUUUUUGCGACAUCCAGCACACAAACCGCAAAGUUAUGCUGGCCAGUCACUUCCUCUUUGACUCAUUUGAAAUACUAUACAGUUUUCAUUUUACUUUUUCAGGUACAAUUUUCCAAAGAGCAAGGCUCUUUUCAAUCUCAGCUCCAAAAUCAGACGAUAUCGUGCAAGAGCAGUGUUUCACACCUCGUAUCAGUUAUCAACAAAGACGUCAAUCUUUACCGCGCCGGGGAUUUUUUGGCUCUAAUUUGGCCUGGCUGGAGUUUGGCUCAAGUGAUGCGGCGGGCUCAAGUAAUGCGUCAGCGGCUGACUUCAACCAGGCUUCUCUCU